CAAUGCCCAGCCCACAGAGAGAGCAAAGGGCCUUUCUGAGCCCUGAGGGCUGGGGGUACCGACCGGGGAGCACCCCUGGCUCAGGCCCUGGUGUUGCAGUGGAUGUAGGUGAGGUGGGUCUGGGAGGAAGGAAAGGCAUGUGGGGAUGCUGCUUUUGUGGCCAGGAGGGCCCGACACCUCCAGCUGGCCCCCCGGGGUCCUGAGCUCAGCACCCACCGUCUCCCCCAUCCCCACUGCCCUCAGUAUCCCCAUCCUUCCCAUCAUCCCACCCCACCUCCAAUGAGACCGGCUCAGGACAGUCUCAGGAGAGCAGAGGUAGAGUCUGGGAGGGGCUCAGAGUUCCAGAGCCAUGCUAGUGCCACUGCACCCCAACCUGGGUGACAGAGCAAGACCCUGUCUCAAAAAAAGAAAGAAGGAAAACACAGAGAUCCUCUGACCCAGCACGUCCCUGCUGAGGAAUGGCCCUGAGACAGGCUGGCUGCCCACAUCAGCUGUGGUGUGACCUGCAAAGCAUGUCCAGGAGCUGCCCAGCUGCACACACAGGGGUGGAAUUCGCCCAAAAGCAGGGAGAUGGAAAGGACUCAGAGAUCAGCCCAGAGCAGAGCGCAAUGCUCACCGCCUUUGCAGGAUGGCUUGAGAGUGGUGCCUCAGGGUGCGAACGUCUUCUAUGCAGCCAUUCACAGCUUACCGAGUCUGCGUUACUCAUUUUAGAAGAAGACAAAAAAAGAAGUUGGGUUGCCUAUGGCCAAAAAGUGGUGCUUCCACAUGAGACCCCCACACUCAGCCCACUCAGAUGCAAUGCAGAGCUCACCCACAGAAACCCCCGCACAGGGCUGCACACAUGAACGUGUCCUCACUGGCACACACACAGGCACACACCAUGUAUACUCACCACACAGGGUGGGGCACAAGACCCACCUAGACCCCCAUGUACACAGAUAAGGGUACCCAGGGCCAUAGUGAUGCCCAGACGAGGCACAGAUGCUCUCAGUACCCUCUGCCCAAAGAUCUGGGCACACCUGGAGGCCCCUGCAUGGAGUGCCUUCCUGACACACAGGUGCACACAUGCACAGACAGACACGCACACGUGCCUCGGCCGCCCACUGAGGAGUUCGCCUGGGUGAGUGCUGAGGAGACCCUGGGACAACCGACUGCAGGCGCUACUGCAGCUCAGGGGUGGGGCCUGCCUUCCGGGCUCCACGUCAGCGUGGGGGAUCCGCCUCCCUCCCUCACCAGCAUCAGCGCUGCCACCAGGCUGGGAUCCUUGCCUCCGGGACCGAGGCAGCCAGCAAGGCAGGUCCUGAAACUCCUGAAACCUCAGCUGGGGUCUGUUGGUGAGGACCACACCUCCCCCCAUCCCUGCAACUGACUGUGCUGGCCACCACCAGGACCACACCAAGGCUACCAACUUCCGGGCUCGAAGCACUGGACAGGUCAGUAGAGAGAAAAGCAAGUGGACCAGCGGGGUCUGCAGCACCUCUAGGAGGCUGGGAGGGAGGGUGCCAACCCCAAGACCCCUGUGGGGAGGAGCUUCAGAUUCAAGGGGACCACAGAUGAGCUGGGAGGUGUUUUCAAAUGGAUCGCUGGAUUCUACUUAGACUGUGAAUUUGCAGGUUCCUGGGGCAGGGGCAGAGCCACAUCGCCUCUUCCCAGGAGGGUGGCCAGCAGCCCCUCUCUGCAGGAGGAGGGAACGGACCUGCUGAAGCAUCAUUAGGAGGAGGCUGGGGGAGGCCCUCACACAUUCCACCUGGCUGCAGCUGCCUCUGGCCCCAGGCACUUGACCUGGCAAAGUGGCCCACAGUCUCGGCCAGAGAACUUGGAGCGGCUGUGCUCUAACAGAUGGCCAGAUCUCAAAGUUUCUGGCUGAUUUUCUUUCCUAGAAUCCAGCCCAAGGAAGCCUCUUACCAGACACCCAACUCCAAGGCACCCCCGACCUGCCUGGGGCACAAACCGUCAACAGUCCUGCCUACAAUGCAGGCCACUGGGUGUCUGGAGCCCCUUCACAGCAGGGGUGCUUCCUCCCUCACCACAGUGGGUACCAACGUCUGUCAGGACAAUGGCACCGGCCACAAUGCCACCUUCUCCGAGCCGCUACCCAUCCUCUAUGUGCUCCUGCCCGCCGUUUACUCCGGGAUCUGUGCUGUGGGGCUGAGUGGCAACAUGGCCGUCAUCCUUGUCAUCCUGAGGGCACCCAAGAUGAAGACGGUGACCAACGUGUUCAUCUUGAAUCUGGCCAUUGCUGACGGGCUCUUCACACUGGUGCUGCCUGUCAAUAUUGCAGAGCACCUGCUGCAGCACUGGCCCUUCGGGGAGCUGCUCUGCAAGCUGGCGCUGGCCAUUGACCACUACAACAUCUUCUCCAGCAUCUACUUCCUGGCCAUAAUGAGCGUGGACCGAUACCUGGUGGUGCUGGCCACGGUUCGGUCCCGCCACAUGCCCUGGCGCACCUACCGGGGGGCAAAGGUUGUCAGCCUGUGCAUCUGGCUGGGCGUCACGGUCCUGGUUCUGCCCUUCUUCUCUUUUGCUGGCGUCUACAGCAAUGAGCUGCAGGUACCAAGCUGUGGGCUGAGCUUCCCGCAGCCCGAGCAGGCCUGGUCCAAGGCCAGCCGCAUCUACACAUUGGUCCUGGGCUUCGUGGUGCCUGUGUGUACCAUCUGUGUGCUCUACGCAGACCUGCUGCGCAGGCUGCGGGCCGUGCGGCUCUGCUCUGGUGCCAAGGCUCUAGGCAAGGCCAGGCGGAAGGUGACCAUCCUCGUCCUCGUUGUGCUGACCGUGUGCCUCCUCUGCUGGACACCCUUCCACCUGGCCUCCAUCGUGGCCCUGGCCACAGACCUGCCCCAGACCCCGCUGGUCAUCAGCAUGUCCUAUGUCAUCACCAGCCUCAGCUAUGCCAACUCGUGCCUGAACCCCUUCCUCUAUGCCUUUCUGGACGACAGCUUCCGCAAGAAUUUCCGCACCAUGUUCCAGUGCUGAGGGGCCUGAGCACCCAUCAUCACCCCCACCAUCACCCAUACCCCCACCCAUCCAGUUCAGGUGGCCUCUUCCAGGGGACACUCUGCCUGUUCACAUCCCCAUGCUGUCUUCUCCACACAGUGAGACAUGGACCCUCAAAUGCUGGCCACCAGACUUCCAGAGACAGCCUCCCACGUCUGCUUCCUGGACAGCCCCUGCGUGGACAGCAGCAGGGAUCCAGGUCAGAGCAGAAGGCCCCAGCACAGCAAGCAUCCUGAGUCCAAUUACCCACAAGGGACAGACAGAUGGACAAGCCCUAGAAGGUUCUGGGGCUGGGGUUCCCUAAUGACAGUGGUUGGGAGGGGAAGGAACCCGAACCGUGAUCUCAACCCGGGCCAGCACCCUGUGGCAUAGUCAGGAUUCUUGGGCUCUUCCCAAGACAGGGCUGGGAGGUGGCACAGUGUGGGCACCUCAGGCAGCAGUGCUGUGCUGCUGCAAAGGCCAGCCACAUCUGCAGCAAAUGAGACCACGAAAUCCACUGUCAUGGCCUGAAACCCAAGUGACGUUCCAGCAGUUGGCCAUCCCCAUGCCACAGCCUUGUGCUCCCUUGUACCCCCCAGGCCAUGGCCAGUGGUCCUCUCAUAGUUUGCUACAGGGUACAGGGCCCUUCCUCCAGGACCUCUGGGCCACCAUGGCCUAGAGACCAUCUGUCACUUGGACAGGCUGGUGCCUGGAACUCUUCCUCCCACAGUGUGGCUGGGGCUUGUACUCAGCCAGCAGGAGCUGCGUGCUGAAACUCUGGUCGGUGGGGGGUGGGUGCUGGUAAUGAAAGGCAGGCGGCUCAGAUACCACUGUCGGUGGGAGGGGCCAGGGCUGGUCCCAGAAUACAACCCAGGUGCACCGUGGACAGGCCCCCAUCCUUGGCCCAUGGUUCUCAGCUGGUUCCACACCUGGCAUUCCAGCCUGGCAGCAAGGUGUGACCCCCCUGGGUUGGUUUCAGUCCUCAUGAACCAGAACUCUGGCUAGUCUGUCCAGCUGGCACACAGGACCCCUCAUUUACCACCCCACAAGGUGUCCCAGGGUGUAUGCCCACCUCCACCCAACCACCAAGUACCCCAGCUUUCCAGGUCAUGAGGACCCUGCCUGUCAAGCCCCGACAGCUCAAGGCUGCCUCAGUGCCCCUCCUCAGAGCAAGUCAGCCAGGGCCAACUCCAUCCAGUCACUUUCCCUAACGACACUGUAUUAGCUAUCUGCUGCUGUGUAACAAAUUUCUCCAAAACCUAGCAGUUUAAAACAACAACUAUUUCACAGCUUCUGUGGUUCAAGAAUUAA